AAAACCCUAAAAGAAUACACAUGGUUGUUUUAUUAGAAGUGUCUCCUCCAAGCAACAAACACUAUUCAUCGUGUGCUUUCUCCUCAGCGUAAGGGCAGUGCAGUUGCCGCACCCCUCACAGUUUCUCUGCGCUUGUAACUAUGGUGAGGGUUAGUGUCUUGAAUGAUGCUCUCAAGAGCAUGUACAAUGCCGAGAAAAGGGGGAAGCGCCAGGUCAUGAUUAGGCCAUCCUCCAAAGUGAUUAUAAAAUUCCUUUUGGUGAUGCAGAAGCAUGGAUACAUCGGGGACUUCGAAUAUGUCGAUGAUCACAGGGGUGGCAAAAUUGUGGUAGAAUUGAAUGGUAGAUUGAACAAAUGUGGUGUUAUUAGUCCCCGCUUUGAUGUGGGUGUCAAAGAGAUAGAAGGUUGGACUGCAAGACUGCUUCCCUCAAGACAGUUUGGGUAUAUUGUCUUGACUACCUCUGCUGGUAUCAUGGAUCAUGAAGAGGCUAGGAGAAAGAAUGUCGGUGGUAAAGUGCUGGGUUUCUUCUACUAG